CAUGGCAUCUGCAACAGCUCCUCCCUCCAAGUUCAUGUCCUGCUUGAGUUCCUGCCCCAACGUCCUUUGAUGAUGAACCUUGAUAUGAAGGGAUUUGUUUGACCAAUAAGAUUUCAGCACACACACCAGCCUCAGUCCCUGCUUGAGCCUUGCCUUUGAUGUCACAAUCUGACCUGCAGGCAUUAAUCUGGCCACAGCCACUCAUAGACCAGAUGGCAAGGUCAAGAGGACCACAGUAAGAUGUGGAAGAGAACUGAUCCUCAGGCCAAGAUCAAAGCAGGGGAUAGGCCUCAGACUUGCCAUUCUCUGGCUCUGGGAUCGGCCACAGAGCCGGCACUGCCACACCCUCUAGAACUGUCAGACUUUCAGGGCUUCUCCGUGUUUGAGGAUAUUAGCCAUCACAUCAAAGAAGCAGGAGCCCAACUUGUAAAGAAAGUGAAUGCCAUCUUUCAGCUGGACAUCACCAAAGAUGGGAAGACCAUUCUGCAGUGGACCAUUGACCUCAAGAAUGGUUCUGGGGACACAUACCUGGGAUCUGCCCGGCUUCCAGCAGACACUGUCUUCAUCAUCCCUGACUCUGUCUUCAUGGAGUUAGCUGUGGGUAAGAUGAACCCACAGAAGGCUUUCCUGGCUGGCAAGUUCAAAGUGAAAGGCAAAGUUUUCCUUAGCCAGAAGCUGGAAAGGAUCUUCAGAGACUGGGGCAAAUUUUAAGCACGCAGGAAUACCUAGACAAGAUCAAGACUUCUGGCUUCUUAUAAUGUUGAGUGGCAACCAUGCUUAAACUGAAGAUUAAAGGAAAAAAUACCAAUAUUUUUACUCAAAUUCUUCCUAUUCAAGUUCGAUUGAUUUCCUGCUGAUGUGUACAUUUGCUGGGUUCUGGGACAGUAAAAAGUGUUGGAGUGCAACACCUAAAACUCUUGUCCUUUCAUUUUCUUAGCUGUGUUUAUACUUUGAUAUGUCAAGGUGAGCCACAUGGAACUGAAUAGGUGGUUCUGUUUGAAUUUUAAUGCUGAUGAUUUUCUAAGGUAUCUCUCUCUAUAUAUAUGUCUGAGUAUAUCUAUGUAUAUAUAUUUUACUAU